GAGAUGUGUCUUUCUGUAGCUAUGGACAUUCGUUCAUUGGGAGAAAAUAUUAAGAAAGCGACGGUACAAGGGUUUUAUGAGAGAAAUAUUAAAAAGAAGAAUGAUUAUAUUAGUGAUCGAGUACAUAAAGAAACUGUUAGCAGUGAAAUAAGAGAAAGAAAUCGGGAAAGAAAGCUUAAACGCGAAUCAGUUAUCCAGGAUGGCUCUUCUGACUUAUUACAUAACAAAGAAACCGUUAACAUUGUUAACGAUCAAGAUCCGAAAUUAUCACAUGAUACAGAAACCGUUAACGAUCAAGAUUUGAGAUUGCCACGUGGGGAAGAAGUCAUUGUGAAUGUUAUAGAUGAGCAGGUCCAGAAAGGUAUUACAGAUUCUACUAUAGAUUCAAACUUAUCGCAUGAUACAAAAACCAUUAACAAUGUUAACGAUGAUUCAAAAUUGUCAUGUAAUACAGAAACCAUUAAUAAUAUCUCGCAGGAAUAUAAAAGUAUUACAAAUUCUACCGAAAAUUUAACUUUAGUAAAUGAAUUCGUACAAGGUUUAUUACAAGACUUUACCUCGCAUAAUAAUCAAUGUUGGGAAUCUAUAGAAAUAACCAGUCCCACAUCCAUACCAGAAAACCUUCAGAAGCUCGCAUAUUUAUUUUAUUAG